AUGGAGGGCGUGAAAAAGUUCACCGGCAGGGAGCUAGAGCAAGCAACCAACAAGUUCCACCGUGAAAACUCUCUCGGUAGAGGCGGCUUCGGUACAGGCUACAAGGGUCAAAUCGACGGCCGACCGGUCCUUGUAAUGAAGCUCAACCCUGACACUAGCCGGCAGGCAGGAGAGCGUUUUCUCCGCGAAGUGACAGUUCUCACACGCGCCGACCACCGCCACAUUGUGCAGCUUAUAGGUUACAAUGCCGAGUCGCGCUGUAUCGUAUACGAGGCACUCUCUGGCGGCAAUCUCGAGGACAGGUUGGCGACUGAGACUGGGCGCAAGUCCCUGAGGCAAAAAGACCGCCUGCGCAUCGCAGCUGAGGUGGCGGAGGCGCUAGUGUUCCUGCACCGCCUGGACUACCCCAUCCUGCACCAGGACGUGAAGCCCGCCAAUGUCAUGCUGGACGACGAUCUCAUCAGCAAACUCGGAGGAGUGGGUCUGGCGAAGUUCCUACCAGUCAAUGACUCGUCAAUCUGGGGCACUGUGGGGUAUAUUGACCCUCUGCUACUGCGGACAGGCAAGUACGGCCCUCAGUCAGAUGUCUAUGGGCUCGGGUUGGUGGUGCUGCAGUUGUUGACGGGAGAGAAGGUGAACAAGGUGCUGGAAUACGCCAAGUUCGGGCUGGAGGGAGUGCUGGAGCACCUUGACAAGGAAGUCACGUGGAACGAUAAGAUCGUUCGUGAUGUUGCUGAGCUGGCGUUGAGGUGCCGUGACAAGGCAAACCGGCCUGACCUGGAGUCGGUAGUGCUGCCAGCACUGCAGAUCCUGGCCAAGGACACGGCCCUGGAUCUGGAUCAAGAUGGGGCGCCGCCUCCCCGGCAAGCAGCAGGAGGCUCGGGCGCAGGCCGAGGAGGGGGGAGAGGAGGACAUGCGGGAGGGAGAGGGGCAGGGCGUGGGGCAGGGGAGGAUGCACGGAAGGCGGCACAGGCAAGUGCGGCAAAGAAGUCAACGUCCAUGAUUGGAUUGUAG